AUGUUAGUAGAUCAGAUUAAAAGAAGGGUUUCGCUUGAAUUUAAAGAGAACUUUCAUGAAGAGUGGGCCUCUAUAAAGUCACCUAAAGAAUUUGUGACAAAGAUUGAGGAAUUUGAAGAUGCUAGGAACACCAUUGAUGGGAAAUCUAAACCUAACGAACCUAAAAACAAAACAAUGUAUAAAUCUACUAGAAAUAAUAAUUUUGGGGAUUAUAAAUACAAAGAUAAACAUUUCUCUUGGAGGAAAAUUAAUGAAACGCGUAAUUCUACAAGUAAAUCAGAGAUUUCUUUUGACCAAAAAAGGAAGUUAAGAUGUUACGAAUGUGGUUCUAUGGAACAUCUCAGGCCACACUGUCCUAACCUUAGAAUUCCCAAAUCUGAGGCAAAAAGGAUCGAAACAAUAUCGGAUAAAAACUUAUUAGAUCCGUAUACUUUUGAAGGAAUAAUAAAUGGAUUUAAGAUGCCCAUUCUCAGGGAUACAGGAGCAACUGUUGAUGUUGUUUGUCAGAAAUAUGUCAGUAGGGAUAGAAUGACAGGAGAACACGUUUGGGUUAAACAUAUUUUUGAUAACCAUAUGACAUGUUUACCUGUCGCUAAAAUUGAUGUAGAGUGUAAUUUAGGCAUGAUAACAACUAAAGCUGUAGUUGUCGGAAAUGACUUAGAUCAGGGACGUUAUCUUUUAGGAAACGAAACUGCGUCUCUUUUUGAACNCGAAACUGCGUCUCUUUUUGAACAAUCUGUGGGAAAUGGUGGUUCAAAAAUUGAAACUGUAAAUGCCGUUAUUACAAGGUCUCAAAAUCAACAGAUUAAAAAUCAGGAAAAUUUAGUCGACAAGGAGUUAGACGUCGAAGAGGAAAACGUUGAACUUGAAGAGAGUGAUUCACAAGAUAUGGACGUUUUACCUCAGUUAGAUAAAAAUGACUCGACUCUAGAUGUUAUUAAAAUAGACUCUAGUACUUUUAUUGAAGAACAGAAAAAAAGCAAAGAGUUAGUACCAUUAUUUGAGUUAGCUGAAAAUGAGGAUAAUCAAACUGAUUUUAAAAUAAUUAAUGGGGUUUUAGUGAGAAAAAAAAUAGAUAAACUGGGGUUUGAAAAAAAUCAGAUCGUUGUUCCGGAAACACUUAGGGAGCAAGUUAAAAAGAUAAGUCACGAAGACACAUCUUGUCAUUUAGGGAUCAAUAAAACGAAGGGCAAUUGUUAUAAAGAUAUUAAAGAAUAUGUUAAGUCGUGUGAUGCUUGUCAGCGA